GGUGUUUAUACUAGUGGUUGUGUCAGUGUUGUGGGUAUUCCGCAGGGCGUAUCUUAUGAGUCGACAGUGUCUUGUGGAAUUACUGGAUAUGUUAGCAGCAUUAAGACCAAAGAAAUGUAUUAUAGUGAUGACAAAUGCAUUGGCUCCAUAUGGAUGGAGAAUAGUUUGUCAUAUUCUUUGAAGAAGACCAAUGGAACAAAGGACGAUGCUACGUAUAAUGUUGUAUUGAAAAAGGCCACUGUGAAGAGUAACGAUCUUGAAACCAUGAAAAAGAUGACUGUUACUUGUGUUCCUGAAUUGAGCAAAGGAAAAACAUACAGCUGGUCGGAUGUCACUUGCAAAGUUUUGAGUAUUUUCGAUAUUGGAGCGGCUUAUCGUUCUGGUCUUGGAAAGGAAUAUUCUGGCUAUCUUAAAUUCUCUGAGAACGACUCAGGUAUCAGAACGAUGUCCGGUUCCACUGGUUUCUCUGCAUUUGCCGGUUAUUCUAGAAUCAGUAGUUUCGGAGGCUGCUGGACUUGGUGGGGAAUUCUCCUUAUCGUGCUGGUAGUCUUGAUUAUCAUUGCGCUUGUCGUGCUUUUGAUUCUUAAGAAGGGCAAGGGCAAGGGCAAGGGCAAAUCUUCUAAGAAGAAUACUAAAGUUUAGUUCGAUCGAUCGUUCGUUCGUUUGUU